AUGUCCUUUCUCGCACGCUUGCGCUCCCUGCUCCCUAUCAACCUCGGACAUACCUACGUCCCUCAGAAUUCCCAAGGCAUCUCCAACCUCUCGCACCAAAUGUCCGUCGAAAUCGCCACCUUCGCCUCCGGAUGCUUCUGGGGAACCGAGCAUAUCUUCCUCAAGCACUACCCCAUUAAAGAUGACAAAGGCAUCCUGAAGACUACCGUUGGCUACACGGGCGGCAAGGACGAUAUUGCCAACCCGAACUACCGCCAGGUCUGCCAAGGAGACACCGACCACGCAGAGGCCCUCCGCAUUGAGUUCGAUCCUGAGAAGGUCUCGUACGCCGAGCUCGUUGAGUUCUUCUACCGCACACACGAUCCCACGCAGGUCAACCAGCAGGGCGCGGACACUGGCACUCAGUACCGUUCUGCGAUCUUCUACCACUCGCCAGAACAGAAGGAGAUCGCCGAGCGCGUGACGGCUGAGGUUCAGGAGAAACAUGUCGACGCUCGCGGCAAGAAGAUCGCCACUGAGAUCGCCAAGGCGGGACCGUGGUACAACGCCGAGGACUAUCACCAGGAGUACCUUUUCAAGAACCCCUACGGCUACCAGUGCCCCACCCACAGGCUUUGGUGGUGA